AUGGCGCCAGUCGACUUCAAUGAGGCGGGACCCUCGGACAAGGGCAAGGCAAAGUUCAACUGGAAGAACGGUCCACCAAGCUGCAAGGAGUGUGUCCGACUGAAGCUCAAGUGUUCACGCUCCUGGCCAUGCACCAGCUGUGUGCGGCGCGGAUGCGCCAACAUUUGCCCGUCGGGCACCAUGCCGGGCCGGACCACGAAGGACCAGGCCAUGGUCGCCAAGUUGAAGAAGGAGAACGAAAAGCUGCGCCAUCAGAUCGAACGUAUGCAGGCUCAGCCGCAGGGGCAGAGCUACGACUGGGGCAGGAGCGCGCUAAAUGCGCCAUCAGAAUCAUCUGAAACGAAUCGGACGCGCGAGUAUAUGCCGUUCUCGGCGGCGCCUGAGCACGCGGCCCGGGUACCCAGCGGCCAGCGCGACGACAACUUUCUCGACACGGCGUCACGGCCCGGUCCGGGUGUGCUCGAGGAGGGCAGCGAAGGCCAAAAGUACCUUGGUCGCGGGGCCGGGACACUGUUUGUGUGCGAAGACGACGAGUCUAGCAACCCGACGCUCGUCUUCCCGUUCGUGGCCAGUGAUCGCGCCGUGCUGGGGGGGGUCCACGAACUCUUCCCACCAGUUGAGCAAGCACUUGAGCUGCUGCAAGUCUACGAUGACCAAGUCGAGUGGAUGUACCGGCCAGCUGACCGGCCAGCUAUUAGCGCCGUCCUCGAGUCGAUCUACAGCGCGCCGUCCUUGAAGGAGCAGAUUCACCAUGUGCCACCACAUCGACUAGCGUCGGUCCUGAUGAUCUUGGCGCUGGGCCUGUCGUUCUCAGGAAGACCGAUGACGCAGACCAUCCCACUCUUCAAUGCGGCGAGUGCUCUUCUCUGCGUCCCGGAACGCCACUUCAUGGUGCGACACUCGUUGGCAAGCGUCGAGACCUUGCACAUGAUGGUCUCGUACCUCCUCGGUCUGCCACAUUCCGACGGCCCAAAGGCAGCGUGGCAAAUUCUGGGCCUCUGUGUGCGCACUGCAGGCAGCAUCGGUCUGCACCGGGACAGCGAGCAAUGGGGCCUGUCUUCUGAGCAGCAAGCUUUGCGAGCGCAGCUGUGGUGGGAGUGUGUCACUUACGACAUCCUGCAGUGCCUCAACUUUGGCCGGCCGUAUUCUGUCCCGCGUCAGCUAUACGACGCUCCAAUGCCUGAAAUGCCACCCGACGGUGGGGCGACCCCUCAUGACUCGGUCUUCCAUGUCUUCAAGUACCGCCUCGGCCAGGCGUUCGUACAUAUAGCAGACUAUCUCGCGAACUCGGAGCUUCCCGACUACUCGACGGUAAUGCGCAUCGACGCCGAGCUACGCCGCGUCGAGGCGGGCGCUCCAGCGUGGCUGAAGUGGUCGGACUUUGGCGAGGAUGGCAGCGAGUCCAACAAGCUGAAUACCAAACACUUUAUCCAGCAGCACUCGGCGACCAUGUUCUUCAACAAAGGAUUAUUGAUGCUCCACCGACCGUCCUUCUUCAAGGCGGUCUCGGCGGGUACAGAACCGCUUUUAGGCCAGUACGCAGCGUCGUUCACAACCUGUGUGACGUCGGCACGAAAACACACGCGUUUAAUUGCGUCACUGUUGAAGAAGUGCCCGCAGGCGGCGUACGGGUGGUGGUACUGGGUCUUCCAUGCGUACACUGCCGCUGUGAUUCAGCACACGGUCUUGAGGAGGGUACCGGAGAGCAUGAUGGCUGAUGACGUGCGCGCCGACUUCCAGGCAUCGCACGACAUUAUCGAGCAGAUGGCGGAACACUCCGGGGUGGCGCGGCGAGCACUGCCGAUGCUCGAACAGUUGUACAGCCGUAUCCAGCAGUCUCAUCCCAAGCGGCGGCAGGAAUCGUCGUCGGAGACCCCAGAUGCGCCAACCGAGGCGUCGUCGACCUUUGACCCGACGCUGGAUUCAUUGUUGACGACCAACAACUUCUACGACCCCACACAAUACCGAGCAGCAGUGCCGGCCUCGAUGGAUGGGCUCCUCGGCUUCGAGUACCCUGUGUCUAAUGGACCCGAGCCGCUCGCUGACCCAUUGAUCCAAACACUAUUGUACUGGAACGUGAUUGCCAACAACGAGCAGAACCCCCCGGGGUUCGGGGAUCCACAAUCCGCUGCACCACAGCUAUGA